AUGCACCGGCCCCCGGUCACCCCUGAUAUUCCCGAGUUUGUGCUUAGAAAACUCCGAUGGUCACGUGUGCGGAUCUUACCCCGCGUGAUCGAGUCCCGCCUGCCCCCCGCCUAUUCGACGACCGUGACACUUGCACACGAUGCGUCCGACGCUCAGGACGCUCAAUGCCGUACUAAAUGCCACCCACAGACCACGCCAGUCCCUGGGGUUUAUUGGAUUGGGCCAGGUGCGUCCGAGAUUAUCCCUGCGAAGCGAUGGAUCGAGAUGAGUUUUCAGAUGGGCUUGAAUAUGGCGGACAAUCUUUUUACUCGAACCGCUACGGUCUAUACCGAGGGAUCCGCUGCGAACAGCAGCAAUCCCCCUGUAUUUGUCGUCUGUGAUGUCAAUAGGAUAACGGCCGAUACCUUCGCCCAAGAUAUUGCUACCCGCUUCCCGGGCGUGCUCGUCCAAGUAGCUGAUUCUCCAUCCGAAGUGGCCCAACGUGCAGAUACUAUAUUUACCAUGCUUCCUUCGACUCCUCAGGUGAAAGACGUAUAUCUUGGCGAGAGAGGAAUCCUCCAGGGUGUAAACAAAAGGUCCGAACGCGUGCAGUCCUUAGAUGUUGCUGCACAGGUCGAGGCUACAGGCGGAGACAUGGUAGACGCUCCAGUUUCUGGUGGCGUUGUUGGUGCGAGAGCUGGAACGUUAUCCUUUAUGGUUGGUGGUUCCGAAAAGGGAUUUAAACGAGCCCAUCCGUUCUUGUCCCACAUGGGUCGAAACAUUGUCCACUGCGGUCCUUCGGGCUCUGGACUCACGGCCAAGAUCUGCAACAACCUUGUUCUCGGAGUUCAGCAGAUCGUGGUGGCCGAGGCCAUGCUCCUAGGUACCCGACUGGGUCUGUCGCCAGAUACCCUCGCUGGGGUUAUAAACACAUCGACUGGUCGAUGCUGGUCCUCAGAGGUGAACAAUCCCGUACCAGGGGCACUCCCUGGCAAGUCACCCCCAUGCGAAAGAGAGUUCCACGGCAAGUCCUUCACACACACCCGCAUGACAUAA